GCGAGUAGGAGGAUCCUGGGCGACGUGUGCCUGAAGAAGUUGGACCAUCUCACGGCACCCUCGGAGCAGGCCCCGAGUGCCGCUCAACUGCGGCAAGUUAGAGCUCUUGUGGAGGUGCAGGAGGACCUGCGAGAGACCUUGCAGGACACGGAGCUACGGUCCCGUCUGCAGGACGGAGCUUCCUUGCAAACCUGCUGGGUCUCCCAGGUCCUAGGUGGAUCAGCAAGUUGGUAA